AUGGAGAAACCUAAUUAUGCUGAAAAACAGUACCUAGACUUAUGUGCACGUAUUAUUGAAGAAGGUGAAUAUAGGCAGGAUCGAACUGGAACAGGAACAUAUAGCAUAUUUGCUCCUCCUCAGCUACGCUUUGAUUUGAGUGAUAAUACAUUCCCAUUAUUAACUACUAAGAAAGUUUUUACUCGAGGAGUGAUUUUAGAGUUACUUUGGUUUGUCGCAGGAUCUACUGAUGGUACGAAGCUUUCUGCACAAGGUGUGAAAAUCUGGGAAGGUAAUGGUUCCAGGGAAUAUCUGGACUCUCUUGGCUUAACUGAUAGACGGGAGGGUGAUUUGGGCCCAGUUUAUGGUUUCCAAUGGAGGCACUUUGGGGCAAAAUACAAGACAUGUGAUGACGAUUAUACAGGUCAGGGUGUAGACCAACUAAAAGAAGUAAUUCAGAAGCUGAAGAAUAAUCCAUACGACCGUAGAAUCAUCUUGUCAGCAUGGAACCCUCCUGAUUUCCCAAGCAUGGCGCUUCCUCCAUGCCACGUAUUUUCACAGUUUUAUGUGAGCUUUCCUAAGGAAGAAGGAGCAAAGCCAAAGUUGUCAUGUCAGAUGUAUCAGCGGUCCUGUGAUAUGGGUCUAGGUGUGCCUUUUAAUAUUGCAUCCUAUGCACUUUUAACAAAAAUGAUAGCCAUGGUUUGUGAUAUGGAACCUGGUGAGUUUAUACACACUAUGGGUGAUGCUCAUAUUUAUAGCGAUCAUGUCGAUGCAUUGAGAGAACAGAUAAGCAGAGUUCCGAGGAAUUUUCCUAAGCUUUAUAUUAAAAGGCAGGUUACUGAUAUUGAUGACUUUAAGUACGAAGACUUCGAGAUUAAAGAUUACAAUCCACACGGGAAGAUCCAAAUGAAAAUGAGCGUAUAA